AUGGGGUCUGGAGGCAGUUUGGGUGUUGUGCUCUUCCCCUGGCUGCUGGCUGGAGUGAUGUCUUACAGCCCCUGGGGUGUCUCUCAAAGGGAUUCAGGGGUUUUGAGGGGUCGGGGAGACUCCUCUUGGAGUUGGCUUCAGGUGCCUUCCUUUUCCCAGCCCUGGGCGUGGGUGGAUAUUUCCCAGCUCCAGGCUGCAGCCCCUCUGCACCCCGUGGCUGUGCAGUGCCAGGAGGCUCAGGUGAUGGUCACGGUCCACAGGGACCUUUUUGGGACAGGCCAUUUGGUCAGGGCUGCAGACCUGAGCCUGGGCUCAGCUGCUUGCCUGCCCGUGGCCCAAGAUGCUGCUGAGAACACUGUCACCUUCCUGGCUGGGCUGCAUGAGUGUGGCAGCACUCUGGAGCUGACCCCAGACUCCUUGAUCUACAAAACAAGUUUGUCCUACAAACCUACUCCUUCUGGCAACCUGGUCAUUGUGAGGACCAAUGCAGCAGUGGUUCCUAUCGAGUGUCACUAUCCCAGGAAGAGCAACGUGAGCAGUAAGGCCAUCCAGCCCACCUGGGCUCCCUUCCACUCCACGCUGUCAGCUGAGGAGAAGCUGAUGUUCUCCCUGCGCCUGAUGAAUGAUGAUUGGAGCACUGAGAGACUCUCCAAUGGCUUCCAGCUGGGUGAAAGGCUCCACAUCCAGGCUGAUGUUGCUUCUGGGGGCCAUGUACCCCUCAGGCUUUUUGUGGAUGACUGUGUUGCUACUCUGAGCCCAGACAGGAGCUCCUCUCCCCGAUACUCCCUGAUCAGCCUCAGUGGGUGCUUGGUGGAUGGGAGAUCAGAUGACAGCACUUCAGCCUUCAUCUCUCCAAGGCCAAGGCAGGAAACCCUGCAGUUUGUGGUUGAUGCGUUCAAGUUUGCAGGAGAUGACAGAAACCUGAUCUACAUCACCUGCCACCUGAAGGUCUCCCCAGCUGACCAAGCCCCAGGUCCAUUGAACAAGGCUUGUUCCUUCAACAGAGCCAGCAGCCUCUGGGCUCCUGUGGAAGGUACCGGGGACAUCUGCAGCUGCUGUGAGACAGGCAACUGUCUGACCUCUGCAGGAUACUCCUGGAGAAUGAAUCCUGCAGCCCGAUGGACAGGGAGGCGUCUGAAAAGAGGGGUCCCUUCCAAGCAUGGUGGGCCUCUGAGGGCAACUGAGGCUGAAGUCUCUGUUGGACCACUGUUAAUUCUUGAUCCAGCUCGGGGAUUACAGAGUUCCUUGGGAGGUCUGGCCCCAGCACAGGAGACCUUGCAGGGUGCUGCUGAAGGGCUUCCUCUGCUGGUCCCAGUUGCCCUGCUGGUGGUGGCCACUCUGCUGACUUUAACUGCCCUUGGGCUGGUUUUUGUGUGCCAAAAGUGUAGCUGUCUUCCUGGAGUGUCAUUGUAA